AUGUAUAGUGAGCUGUUGCUUCAGGGAACAAUGAUUGUGGUGCCCAGGCUCCUGCGCGACACCCUGAUGGUGUGGUUAGCACACGGAGGGCACCAGGGUAUAGAUAAAACAAAGUAUCGUCUCCGCAGUGAAGUUUGGUUGCCGAGAAUGGACAAAGACGUUGAGAAGUUUUGUAGAGUUUGUCAUGGCUGCCAGGUCACCUCUGGAUUUGAACCCACAGAGCCGACGUCCCGCGGUUUUCCUCCAAGAGCUCCUUGGCAGGACUUUGGAACAGACCUGCUAGGACCCCUACCCACAGGAGAGAGUAUUUUGGCGGUGGUCGAUUACUACAGUGGAUUCCUUGAGGUUUCUAUUAUGAAGUCUACGAUAAGUUGCAAGGUCAUCGAUGCACUUGCACCGCUGUUUGCAAGAUUGGAUUUUCCAAUCUCGUUAAAGACAGAUAAUGGCCCCCAAUUCGUGUCAGAAGAGUUUUAA